CCGGCGAUUGCCGCGGUGGAGAUCACGCUGGCGAUGAAAGCAACGAUUUUUACACAAACACAUCACACACUACAUCAGCAGAGCCAAGAACCCUCACACACACAGCCACACUCCAUCCCCAAGCUCGCGGGAAAAGCCAAAGCAGCAGCCAAAGAAAUCCACCUUUUCUAGACAAAAAUUUUAGACGAACCGCGAGACUGAUGGCCGGCUUCCAAAUCCGGCAGCCGGGCGCUUUCCCUCUCGAUUCCCCGCUGCAGAUGAGAUGAGAUGAGAGGAGAGGAAAUCUCCAGGAAAAUUUGGCAGGAUAAAUGGGUAGUAAUUGAUUGAUUGGGGUGGUUAAUGCCUUCCAAGAUUGCUCCUCUGCUGCUGUGCUGCUAGGGUUGUGCGAUUCGGCAUGGGGACCAAACCAGAGAGGGGAGGGGGGGGGGGGGGGGCAUGACGACGACGACGCCCCCGUUGCUAUAAUUCCUUGCCCCGUUUCGCCAAAUCCCUCGGGCUGUUGCCUCCUAACCCCGCAAUCCCUCCUCGCCGGUUGGUGAUCAAUCCGGCUCCUGAUUUGGAGUUUCUCUUGGGGACCCAGGGUGGCCGUUCCAUGCCCGGUUUGCUCGUGCAUUAAUACUAGCCGCUUCUUGGAUAGGAGGACAACUAGUAGUAGUUCUUCUCUCCUCUCGCUCGCUGUUCCUUGCCCCAUUCUCUUGGCUUCUUCUUCUUCUUCUUCUUCUUGUUGUGGUUGUGUGUUAUGAUAAGAGUUCUUCGCCGUUGAGAUGGGUUGCUUUGGGUGCUUCUCGCCGGAGGUGGACGACGACCUCAAGCCAUCCAAGCCCAAUUACCACUCUUCUGACGAAUCAUCAGGCGCCGACGCGAGGAGAAAGGUCGCGCCGUUGGCGACGGAUGGGGGGAACGGCUACGCGCACAGCUUCACCUUCAAGGAUCUGUCAGUGGCGACCGGCUACUUCAACGAGGCGAAUUUCAUCGGAGAAGGUGGCUUUGGGAAGGUGUACAAAGGCAAGAUCAAUGGGCAGAUGGUGGCAGUGAAGCAGCUCACCCGGGACGGCGUGCAGGGGAGGAACGAGUUCUUGGUGGAGGUGCUGAUGCUGACCGUGCUCAACCAUCCGCAUCUCGUCAGUUUGGUCGGCUUCUGCGCGCAGGGUGACGAGAGGCUGCUGGUGUACGAGUACAUGCCAUUCGGCAGCUUGGAGAGCCAUCUCUUCGAUGUGCCUCUUGGCAAGCAGCCACUGGACUGGAAUACACGCAUGAGGAUAGCUGUUGGAGUGGCCGAAGGGCUUUCGUAUUUGCACAAUGUGGCUGAUCCGCCUAUAAUUUACCGUGACAUGAAAGCAGCUAACAUUCUGUUGGAUGAGGACUACAGACCAAAGCUCUCUGAUUUCGGACUAGCAAAAGUUGGACCAGUCGGUGACAGAACUCAUGUCUCCACCAGGGUUAUGGGAACUUAUGGCUACUGUGCUCCUGACUAUGUGGUGAGUGGUAAGCUUACCAUGAAAUCUGACAUAUACAGUUUUGGUGUUCUCCUGUUGGAACUGAUCACCGGCAGAAGGAUCUACGAUGCUUCAAGGCCUAAACCAGAGCAGAGUUUACUAACAUGGUCAAGACCAUUUCUGCAUGACAAGAGGAAAUUCUACAGGCUCGCUGACCCAGCUCUGCACGGGUGCUAUCCAACAUCUGCACUAAAUCAGUUGGUUGUGAUCAGCAUCAUGUGCCUCCAAGAUCAGCCCCACGUCCGCCCAAUCAUCUCUGAUGUCGUAAUCGGCCUGAACCAUGUCGCAAGCCAGCCAUAUGUCCCUGAGCGCUCCUCAGUGUCGCUGAGUUCCCCAGCAAGGUGCGGGUCACCACAAUAUGCCGGCACGCCAUCUAGAAGGCGAGGCGGCAGAAGAGUUGCUCAGUAUGCAUAGCCUAGACUAUAUCCUUGUCUCAAAAGAACAGCAAGAUCUCAGUCUGGUGAGACGGGUAGAUAGUUGAAACUGUCAAAAAUGCCAUAUAGUCAAAGCCUUCUUGAUUCAAGAACCGGUCUUUAGCAACCCGAUUGACACAGUUUGCUGUGAGAUUGGUGAUAGUUUGAAGCUGACCAUGAUGACUGUUGUUCUUUCAUGCCUUUCAUUGUUUUCAGUUCCUUAAUUCUGUUGCCAGUGUACAUAGCAUCAUCGGUUGUGCUCUGCUUGGGCAGCAGCCAUCAGACAUGCAUCAGUCCGGCCUGGAAGCAUGGGGACAAUGUACUUAAUUGGGAUUUUGAUCAAGUUAUUUAAUCAUGUACAAAGCUCUCAUGCCUUUGCUGCAUAUUACUGCCAUCUUGUAGCUGGAACAAAUCUGAAAUGUCUCUGUUAAGAGUACUGCCGCAAAA